ACCACACGUGUACUACUCAUCUGCUUGCUUUGUUCUUUCUCUGUGAUAUCUCAUGAAGUGCUGUGGUUCAUAUUCAUAAACUUUGAUUUUAAUUUUUUUAAAUCGAAAAUGAGUGUAUGUUCUCUUUAGUUUUCUGUAUAAAAGUGAAAAAUGGCAUAUUCAAUGUAUUGUAAACGUGCCCUAUUGACUCGAACCUUUAAUUAUUAUAGCAAAAGGAAUAGCGGCUAUAUUGUUUUAGUGCCCGAAAUAGGCGAAGAUUUGCCUGAAAAGAAUCCGCUCCUCAGAGUUGAUGAUGGACUGCCAGAAUUCAGUGCCCUCACGAUAGAAAAAUGCAUGGUUGCUGUUGGUAAACAAGCAAUAAAUUUUGAAAAUGGUGUUCAAGACAUAGAGAACGAACUCAAAAAUUGUAACUCAUCCGGGCCAGAAACAGUAUUCAGAACUUUAGAAGUUUUUGAUAAACUCGAAGAGCUUGCUGCUCCCUUAGAAUUAACAUGGGGCUUAGCCAAAACUUUAUACCUAGGAAAUCAGUCGCUCAUGCCAACCAAAAGUUAUUUAAGUAUACAUGAACGAGCUAUGAGAGCCAGAACGUCACGAUUUAAUAGUAAGGAAAUUUAUAAUACUAUCAAAAAUGCUAAUUUGCAACCAAAUGUCGAUUUGUCUGAAGAACAGAAGAGAAUUAUGCAAAAGUAUCUAUUAGAAGGGAGGUUAAAUGGUCUUGAAUUAGAUUCUGAUAAAAAGGAACACUUGAAAGAAGUACGCAACAAUAUUGCUCAAGAACAGACUAAAUUUAAAAACAAAUUAGAAAUUGCAAGUAAACAAUUUACUCACACUAUUACCAAUCCCGAAAUUAUGAAAGAAUUUCCACAUCAUAUUAAGAAAGAUAUGAGCACUGACUCUUUGCAUGCCGAGAAAGGACCUUGGAAAGUGAUUUUAAAAUCAUAUAUGGUAUCUAGUUUUCUUGAAUAUUGUUCUAUAAGAGACUUACGAUGGAAUGUUUGGCAAGCCGAUACUAGAAAAGCUUCAAGCAAUAAUGAUAAAGCACUUGACAAUAGCACCCACGUUGAAUCUUUAAGACGUUUAAGAAGAGAUCAAGCUACCAUUCUGGGAUAUAAUAGUUUUGUUGAUAUGUCUAUGGAAACGAAAAUGGCAGGUAGUAUUCAUAAUGUUAGGAAUGUGCUUAAUACGAUUCUUGAAUCUGCUCGACCAGCUCAAGAGCAUGAAAUUCAAAGUUUGGAGGAAUUUGCUGCUGAGAAUGGUUUUAAUGCGAAUUUGGAAUUGUAUGAUGUGCCAUAUUGGCAAAGAAAAUACAGGAAGCAUCACUUCAAUUAUGAUGAUAUGGUUCUCCGUGAGUACUUCCCAUUUCCAAAGGUUUUGAACGGGCUAUUUCAGUUGUGUGAAAAGUUGUAUGGUAUUAAAAUUAUCGAAAGGUCAAAUAUGAAUACUUGGCAUAAAGAUGUAAGGUAUUUUGAUAUACAUGAUUCUGCAGCUGAAUUGCCACUGGCUGGAUUUUAUUUAGAUCCUUAUACUAGAGAAGAAGAGAAGAUAUUCCAAAAGAGUUCAGGAUGGAUGUUGAGUAUGCGCAAUAAAAGUAAAAUUGUGGAUACAACACCAUUAGCAUCAUUAAUUUUAAGUCUAAAUCCUCCUGAGGGCAAUAUACCUUCUCUUCUGUCUCUAAAAGAGGUAUCAAUUUUAUUCAACAAAUUUGGACACGCCUUACAGCAUUUGCUUUCGCAGGCUACUUACUCCGAUGUAUCAGGUCUAUCUAACAUUGAAUGGGAUGCUGUAGGUAUAUGUGGUCACGUUAUGUCUAACUGGCUCACUGAUAAAGAUGUACUGAAAUCUAUUAGUUAUAAUCACACGACAGAGCAACAAUUAACUGAUGAUAUGAUACAUAGUAUAAUACAAGUAAACCAGCAUAUGAAAGGCUUCGAAUUAUGUAGAGAAAUAUAUCUGGCUAAUCUUGAUCUUGAACUGCACUCUAGCAAAGACUUCUGGUAUGAUGUAGUAAAACGGAUUUGGCCUGAUCACAUAGUCUUCCCAUUAGAUAAGCGAGAUGCUCACCCUUGCUCAUUUUCACAAAUAUUUAUUGAGCAAUGGGCUGCUGCAUAUUACAGUCACAUCUGGUCUAAGUUUGUAGCUGCUGAUAUCUUUAGUGCAUUUUAUGAAGACCCCUUAGAAGAAACAAUUUCCACCGUAGGCAAACGCUUCAGAGAAACAUUUUUAGAAUUAGGCGGUAGUAAUCACACAUCAGAAUUAUUUAGGAGGUUCCGGGGACGGGAUCCAACACCAAAAGCUUUAAUUAAAUAUUUGGGUUUCGAAAAGUAUAAGAAUCAAUCAUCUAAAGAUAAUGAAGUAUGAAGAUUUUAUGUAUUAACACAUUGACUGGAAUAAUGUAAAUAUAUUAUUUUAAUUUGAUACAAAUUAAGAUCUAGACAAACGAUACAAGUUAAGAUUCAUAUGUUAGACUGUAUUUCAGUAAAAUUGUACAAUAGCUAGGUACUUUUUAAUUGUCAUAUGGCGUAUCGUAAUACUUAAUUGGUAGAAUCACAGUUCACUAAUUUUUACAAACAAAAAGUGUAUUGAGGACUAAACAGAAGAAUGUUAAACAAAUAAUUA